AUGCUGUGUGGGGUUUUGGGCGGGGGGGGGGGGGGGGGGGGGGGGGGGGGGGGGGAGGGGGGGGAACACACGCCUCGUAACGACAACACCGAGGUUAUAGACUGUGAUGAUCCUGCGUACCCACGACAGCACACAGCAUCCAGUACUGGUAUGUAUCUGCCGGCAGACGCAGUCCUACGUGUACCUUGUGCAGCAGAUCCAUCGAGGCCUUCCUCCUCCCGCAGUCUCUGUCGACGAGCCAUGUCCGUCCUUCCCGCUUCUCCUCGCACUACUGCGCAUCUGAAUCCGGCUCUCCGGUACUGCAUCGUCGAUUUUCGGAGAGCUCGGCUCCCACGCUGA